AUUAUAGAGCAAAUAGUGUUGAGGCAAGAUUUGGAAACCGCGAGCAAGUCACUCUGACUGCGGGGUCAAAGAAAGAGGCCGAUAAGUUCAAAACUUUUGGAAAAUAUUGCGAAACUCUAUUAACCAUUAACUGAGUGAGUACUCAACUUCAUUAUAUCAGUAUCGUGUUUCUACCUGGAGAUCGAAUGGAGCUAAAAUUAACAUUACAUCUAUAGCGCUUCCUGUGUUCACUUGAAGACUACACGCAUCAAUUUUGGCUAAAUGUUUUAGCUGAAACAACCAAACGAAGUUCUUAUCUGCUGAUAGAUUGCUAGGAUAUCCCAGACAUGGCCCGAGGUUUGAAGGCUUUCGGCACACUCUCUAUUUUGACUUGAAGUUAUGCGCUGCUUCGGAUGGUUGCAUUGUGGUAUCUGGAUUUUAAUAAUCACGUGUGUCGUGUUCUUAAGCAUAGAGACAGACGCAGAGGAGCGACCAAAUGCUUCAUGUUUCAAUAACACAGUAUGCUUUUGUAACGAAGGAUUCAGUGGAAAUGGAUUCAACUGUAGCGAUGUAGACGAGUGUGCCUCAUCAGCUCAUCAGUGCAAUAUUUCUGCAAACUGUAUUAAUACUCUUGGUUCCUACAGAUGUAACUGUUCAGCAGGGUUUAUUGCUCAUGACAAUUCUUGUAUUGAUGUCGAUGAGUGUGCGCAAAAGUUACAUAGCUGUGAUGCGCAUGCCUCAUGCUUAAACACUGCCGGAUCUUACAAUUGCAGUUGCCACCAAGGAUACACAGGUGAUGGAUUUAAUUGUAAUGAUACGGACGCGUGCGCAUCGGAGGUCGACAAGUGUCACUUAAAUGCAACCUGUUUAAAUUAUCAGGGAUCCUUUAAGUGCUCUUGUAAAACAGGAUUUACCGGAAAUGGUUCUAACUGUGAAGAUGUCGACGAGUGCUUGCUGAAUACAGAUUCAGGUUUGACUGGAAAUAAAUCCAACUAUACCGAUGUCAACAACAGUCAUACAAAAAUCGAUAAAUGCCAUUCCGAUGCAACUUGCACCAACACGCCUGGCUCCUUCCGAUGUAUUUGUAAAACAGGAUAUACAGGUAAUGGUGUUGACUGUGCGGAUAUCAACGAAUGUGAACGUGGAGAACAUAAUUGUCAUGUUAAUUCUAUUUGUGUGAACUCAAAUGGGUCGCACAGCUGUAUUUGCUCACCGGGCUUCAAUGGAAACGGCUUGGAUUGCGAUGACAUUAAUGAAUGUACCCAAAACGGUUAUCACUGCGGUGAAAACGCGAAAUGUCUGAACACACCAGGGUCUUACAAAUGCAAAUGCGAUAAAGGUUUUUAUGAGAGCGGAAACUCUUGUCAACCUCACCACAAUUGUGUGUCAAGCUCGGAUUGUUCCAAAAACGCAAAUUGUACAGAAUUAAACGGAUCCUACAUCUGCCAGUGUAAAAGUGGAUUCCUUGGAGACGGAUACAACUGCACAGCUGAAGGCCGAUCUACACCAAAGACAGCGAAAGCAAGAGUCUCUAAAGUGCAAGCUCAGCGGCAAGUUAUUAUUGGUUCGGUGUCAGGGGCUGUGGCUUUCAUCAUUGUUGCGGGAAUUAUUAUCCUUUUUGUCAGAUUAAAGUGGAAAAAAGAGAGUAAGCCAAUGAUUCGUCAUGCGAGCACAGUCAUGGGCCAUAUUGACGAAAUUAUGAUGGAAGAACAAACAGACAAAGUGCUCGAUUGUGUAUCUGUCAGAUCCUCUCGUUUCUCCAUUCCAAGCCUUCAUCUUUCAAGUUUAAGCAUAAACAGAAUACACAAAGAGGAGGGUCAUUUAUGACGGCAUUGGAUAUCCUUUUGCUUGCGGCUAUUUUAAAAACUUCCUGUUCGUGUAAUUUAAAUAAAGCGAGUAGAAUUGUAAGCAGAUAAGUUUUUUCCCGAGUUCAGUCAUUCCAUUUGAGUUGGAUUAUCAAAUACCCAUUGUGCUGCAGUUCCUCUGUGGUAAAUAUGUCUUUCAAUGUUUGAAUGAUAUUUCUCAAGGGCAUCAUGUAUAGUCUAAACAGAAAACCAAUUCGUUUUACGACAUCUUCAACAGAAUUCAAUAGAUAUUAUCUUUUAAUAUAAUCUAACGCGAUCAUAUCUGAUUACCAUAACGUACGUUGUUGUGAAUGCGAAAGACGAAUUUAUUACAUUCGUUCAUCAGUUGCAACCUCCUACAUCUUGUUCACCCUUAUUCAUAAUUUAUUUUUGCCUCUUCGAGUUAUUUUUUUUUCUUUCUUGCCGAUGUGAUAUUUUGGAAUCUAUUUUUAACAAAAACAAGUUUUACAAGUGACAAGGAAAGACUCGAUGAAUGACGUACAUUCCUUUAUUGCCGCUAAUUGUUUCACUUUUCAUCUGCUUACGACAUCUUCAUUGAAGACAUGAUGUCUUUGUUAGCAGCUAUAUAUAAUGACAAACAGGGAAACCUCUUGGUGACCUUUUUUUCCGCGAAAACAACUCUGGCUCUAUCUAAAAAUAGAAAGGAAAAUGAGAAGUUGAUGCAGCUGGGAUGUAUUUUACGGGAGUUACAACUGAAGUUGUAACAUGGAAAUCCUGGAAAAUUUCGCCCAAGCGAUUAAGUAGGCAAUUGUGCGUAUUUCCUGUCCAAGUGUUUGAAUAUUCAUCACGGGACUUUCCCUACGAGCAGGAAACAUUUCGAGCGCUCCACACUUCCUCCCAAACCCUUCAUUAAGAGAAUCUUUUCCAAGUUUAAGUUCAAGAGUAGACCCGCGAAAAGCAAAAGCAUACGAUCAGAUUCGUUUGUGUUUCUUGAGCGUACAUCACAAUUCACUUCCGGUGUGCGAUGUUUACGCCAACAGAAUUCGAAACUUCGAUUUAGGAUUCUAAGUGACUUUCAUUUCUUGACGCACGAUUUACAGGUGACCAUAUUACAGACUUUGUUAUUUCAUUCUUUAAUAAAGAGGUUUUCCUAUUCAAGGCCAG